AUGAUCAAGCGUGAGCCUGCCGUGUUGAAGAAGGACGAGAGCGAAAUCGCCAUCAACUACUCCAUGUUCCAGAAGCUUUGCAGCCAUCCAGAGAAGGUCCGCGCAUACCUCGAUUCCUCUGGUGCCCUCUCCAAAAGAUUCACAGCUCUGAGGAAGGAGGCUCGUACGUCCAAGCUUGAGUGGACUCGCGACCCGUACGGACCAGGCUACAUCAUGUGUAUGCUUGGGGCCUGUGCCAUGACUCUUGGCGCGCGACUUUCUGUGCUUGAUCUCGAAGGCAUGAGGAAGUACUACAAGAAUUGCGGACUCAUGCGUGACGCCGUCAAUGGCAGUCCAUGGGACUUCGGCAGCAUUGGUCGUGACGAAAACAUGGCGCGUGGUGGUGCUGCCAAGGAGGACCUCAUCUAUCCAGGCUGCGGCAUGACGAACAUCUGGGCUCCAGAUCACGGUCGCCAGCAGGAUGAGCUCAAAUUCACGCGGAGUCAUGUCAUGAAGGCAAUUGCCGUCAAUAAGCCGAACGCCGAUGAUCUCGCUCAGACUUUGGCCAGUCUCUUCUUCGACCCUUACGCCAGCCCUGUCACCACUAUCUCAGCGACGAAAGCCGACUCUCGCCCACAGGAUUUCAUCGACCUGGCUAGGGAGAUGCUUGAGGGCUACAAGAAAGUUAACAGCAAGCCGCCAAAGAGCAACAAGGAUGAGUGUGCUGUGUGUGAAGCUGGCGAGUAUAAGGAUGGCAAGCCACUCAUGACUUGCAGCAAGUGCAAGAGGAGCUUCUACUGCUCCAAGGAGUGCCAGAAGAAAGAUUGGAAGAAGCACAAGAUCAGCUGUUCGCUCUUCGGUCCCACGGAAGGCAACUCGCACACGACGCUGAAUGGGAUCGCAUCGUUGGAGGCUUUCAAGAGCCUGAACUCAGACAAGAAGUGA